CUUCAUCCGAAAGCCCCGAUCGGUCGGACAUAAUCCCCCGGGGUUACACUCACUAGCCAUGUUGAGCAGUUUGGAUCAACAGAGGGUUAGGAAGGGCACGAAAAGCUGUACCGAGUGCAGACGACGCAAGGUUCGCUGCAUUCGGCUCUCUGAGGAGGCCCCAAUCUGCCGGCGCUGCGAAGAGCGAGGCUCAACUUGCAUUGCGCAGACAUUUACUCCUCGUUCGGGGCAGUCCAAGAGGCUCCCCUCGCGGUAUCGGAUAGCCCAAUUGGAGUCAAAGGUUGCGAACCUGACCAAGUUUGUCCAUGAUGCGGAAAUAAAUCCUGGGAAUCGAUCAACUGCUCCAGACCCAGCUGUUGAGCCGAUAUUGAGUUCGGACGACCUGGAUGCCGGCUCGGAUUUCGAGGCUGCGGAUCAACCGGCGCAUCUUCGAUCUCUAUUCCACAACGACUGGCUUAGCGUGGACCCUCAGCAACAAAAUGGACACUCUCAGGAGCGCAGGCCCAAGGCUUCUUCGCAUCUAUACAACCAAGCGAGACGGGCUCUUCAGAGGUUGAUCCCGCCUAAGCGCGAGAUUUUAAACAUUGCACAGUCCGCAUCACAAUGGCUUCCUCUCAUAUACGCCAUGUUCCCCCAACCAGGGGCUAUCAUGUCUCCACAAGAAAUCUGCGAAAGCCUCGAAGGCAUGAACAAACCGGAUGUGGAUCCGAUUAGCCUUGCAUCGUGGCUGCUCACCGUCGCUCUUACAGGUCAACAAACGCAAGAACCGGACAAUGAUAACGAUAUUCAGCUUCAAAAAUCCUACGAAUGGUCAAAGUUCUGUCGAGCGGUUUCUGAUGCAGUGGAAACCACUAUUAUGCCCCACGAUAGGUUGGUGAGCACCAUGUCUGGGAUUAGCAUGGCUAUGCAUUUCUUUCGACUCCAGAUAAGCCAAGGGAACUUCCGGAAGGCAUGGGUGCGUCUGCGACACAUCGUUGCGAUUGCAGAGAUCAUGGGACUUCCCAAAGCUUCUCAAGCAAUCCAGCACGGCCGGGUUAUCGGGACAGAAGACAAUGAGGCACAACAUCACAAGGCUCAGCUCUGGGACUCACUUAUUUCUGCAAACGGACUACUUGGGCUGGUCAUCAACCUUCCUCCCGAUACUCGACGACAUCCCCAAGCGAAGGCGCAGGCACUUGUGGUUGAUGGCGUCGUCCAGCCCCGCGUGUAUCUCAGCCGAUUGACAGAUAUCGCUGCAAAGGUUCAACAGCUGGAUGAUCUCAACAUGCCACCAGACUCAGGCCCCGGAUUCUACAGCUCUACGCUAGCACUCAUCGGAGAGCUCAAGUCCCUGGCAUCACAGACCCCCAAGCAAUGGUGGGCACUAGACGGGGAGCCGCAGGUAAAACCAGACCAUAUGGUGCAGUUUAUCCAUAACAGUGUUACGGUGCGAGCGCAUUUGCCAUUCGUAAUGCGGCAAGACAUCGGCGAGGAGUAUUUCUACAGCCGCCUGGUAUGCAUGAAUGCAUGCGAGUCAGCAGCGCGCCUAUACCGGUUCCUUCGUGGAACACUCCCACCUGGACUUUUUUGUACGCGGGUCCUAGAUCUCCAGGUGUUCGUUACAACUGUGGUCCUUCUUCUCAUAUCACACAACUCCUCGCCCUCCGACCGAUUGGGUUUCUGUGCACACAAGGCGAAGACGGGCAGGACGGUCCAGGAAGUCACAAAGCUCAUGACUGAACGAUCUCAUGACACCACAGGCGCUCGUUUUGCUCACACCUGUGUCACGACUAUCAAUUCCCUGCACCAAUUACUUCAGCAAGAAGGUCCUGCUCAUCCGCAAGACCUUACUCUACAGGUGCCUCUCCUCGGGAAGGUCAAGGUCCGACGGAAUCUUCAUCAACAAGAAACGCCCCAGGACGGUAGUAUUUCUGAAAGUACAACAAACCCCAAUGCAUUGAGAUCAGAGGAGUCCUCUAUCUCUCAACCACAACACUCGUCAAAGCUCAGCGGCUCCUUGCAGCCACCAGGAAACUUGCAGGGGGACUUUCUGUCAUGGUCUGUUGAGGACAACAGUGAUAGCUACUUCCAAGACGCUCUCAUGAUGGAUGAUUUUGAUCCCUUCACUAUGUGGCCGGAUGCGUAUAAUGGCUUUCCGCUGAUGGGUUGAUGGGCUGAUGUUUCUUGAUAGAAGACAUUACGCCCAAUCUCAUAUUCACGGUCUCUUCUGCUUUCUGUAUUCUAUGGGUUCGUAAUGAGGAAUGGCGCUUACGAGACCGACCACGUCCAUGUCAAUAUUAUCAUUCUCAAAUUGAACUGGCG